UCCGAAAGUUGCGACCGCACAGUUGUUCUUGAAAGAAUGCAAUACGCGGACGUAUCGCGCUCGUACAUACGAGGCUGAGCUGUCGUUCCGUAAGCGAAUCUGCCUGUGCCGAUAGAUGUACGCGAACGAUUCAUAGUCUCGGCGUUAGUGACCGAUAACGUGCGACGUCAAGAACCAACGAAGUUAGUAUACGCUCGAGGAUACAGGUGACAGCGACGUCAGUGGCGGCAAAUGGUCCGUGGGCUUCGUGCAGGCAUAGAUUCGAGCCAAGUAUCGCGGCAAGUCGACAAGAAAAGUGCGUCUACGUGAGUGAAUAGAGUGCCCCAACCCUGAUCUCAGCGCCCUUCCGAGCCGUUGACAGUAGCCACCCGUGAUUGAACGGUCUCGCCGAUGACGUGCCGUGAACCGGCCAACGAAACUACAAAAGUGUUGCAUGUUGCCUGCUAGCCGCAGAGCCGAGCCUCUCCGCUGUGAGAUAGCCGUCGAGGUGGGCUACACCGACGAGACUGUGGACGUCCCUAGAUUGGCGAUGAAAAUUGAAACCUCCCAGGACAUGACGUAAAUGUGAUGGCUCCUGUGGUAAGGGCAAACGGCACAAUGAAGAGGAAUCUCGCGCCGUAAUCUCGCCACCUGCGAUGUUAGUCACAGAGACACCCUCCUCGAUGGACAACCUGCCGAAUAUGAUGUCGGUGCUCGAGGAGGAGGCAAACAUCGAUAUCGAUGACGCGUUUCCACCGCACGUCGACACGACGAACAUCGUCAUACAGCCAGAGUCGCCCACUAGCAAGAAACAAGCGCUAAAGACCUUCAACGAGGUCAAUGCGCUGCUACAAGCUAGCAGAAAGAGGGAGGUAAAGCUGGUCAUAAGGGAGAACGCGUGGCCAUUGAACAACGGAAUUAGGACACAGCUCUGGCCGACUCUUUGCAACCAACAUGCACACGGCAAGAACAUGCUGGACGGCUUCUAUUGGGACAUGGUCAAUCAAGUUUUUGGGACUACAGAGCUGCCGGAAAAAUCAAUCAUGUUACCGCCGUUCGUGGAUAGCACUCAUUGUCUGUCGUAUAAUCUGACAAGAAAGGGCAGGAGUGUCGCGGAUAGGGUUGUAUCCGUCCUGGGAUACGCUUGUCCCGACAUUACCUACAGUCCUUCACUAUACCCGAUCACGGCGCUUCUUCUUCACUUCAUGCCAGAGGAGGAGUGUUAUCAUUGUAUGGCCAGUCUGGUUGCUGCUAAGGACAAGAUGUUUAUUACGCAAACGAAGCUUCUGUACGAAGUUACCUGGAAGACGGUUGAGCAAAUCACCAAAAAGCACGUGAAAUCGGCUGCAGUACAUUUAGCGAGGCAUUGUUCAGGAUCAAGAGCAGAGAGAAUUUACAUGGAUUGGAUCUGGUGGAUACUACAGCUUCUUCCAUUCCAACAUCUAGUCAGGGUUAUGGACUGUUUCUUACAUGAAGGCAUUAAGGUCUUCUACCGAGUAGCGAUGGCUAUAGUUUUAUUAUUCUAUAAGCACUCAUCCUUGCAAAACUCUGAGUGGAUGAAUGAGAUUUCCAAGAACGGUAUUGACGCCGCAUUGUCGAAAUUUUGCAGGCAGAUACCGGUGACGCCGGCCAAAUUUUUGCGUACCGCAUUUGGGAUACGUGGACUCAGCUCAGCAUACAUAUCAAGGGUAUUUUUGCGCACAGAAAUGGCUCUCAAAAGUAGAAGCGUUUUAACGGGAUCCAGAUCGUUGGCUCGAUCCCGAUCCACAGACAAUCUGCCCACGAGCCAAUCCCAAGUCAACAUUCAGAUGAUGUCACACACGCUCACGAUACGAGAAAAAGAGUGUGAAGACACAUACAAAGACAGGGGUGCACACAGUCCUGGACCGCGUGCUCUGUCAAUGGGCGUUUAUCCCAUACAAAGCAUAUGCUCCCAGAUUCUAGACAUGCCUGAUUUAUUCACGUUGUGGUCCUGGCUACCGAUGCGGAUUACCAUGUAUCAACCAAUACUGCUAUACACAACAGAAGAACAUGGUUGUUCGUUGACGACGUUUUACGUAAGGGUAGAGCAACACGAACCAACCUUGUUGAUGAUAAAAACCUGUAAUAAUGAAGUGUUUGGUGCCUAUUGCUCCACGAGAUGGUGCGAACGCAAUAUGAAAAAUGAUAAAGGACAAAGACAAGCCUACUUCGGCACAGGUGAAACGUUUCUGUUCAGUUUGUACCCUGAACGAGCAAAAUACCCUUGGGUAGGCAUGGACUCUUCGCACAAUGAUUCCAAGGUCCAUCAUUCGGCUGAGCUGUUCAUGGCAGCAGAUUCUAAAAUGAUAACCAUUGGCGGCGGAGAUGGACAAGCCAUAUGGAUGGACGAAAACAUCAGAUUCGGUAAGACAGAUCGGUGCUCCACGUUCAACAAUCCGCCUCUUUGUGCUAACGGUGACUUCGAGAUUAGGGUACUGGAGGUAUAUGGUUUCGCCGGUGCUUGAGGAGAAUACUGGUUUCGGCAUUACGACGCAAUGAUUUAUUUGAUUCCCUACUGCCAUUUAGCAACUCUGUUUCUGUAUAUGCAGAGUUCUACACAUUAUAUACAAGUGUCUUCGUGUAUGUAGAAACGUUACCGCGUCGACAUUAACGCGGGCAUUGUCGUAAUGCAUCCUCAAUCACUUGCUGAGUACUAGUAUUAAUAUUACGUGUGCAUGUUUCGUUGCUGAGGCGCUAAACAAAGGUUCUGUACCGAAUGAGAUUACGCAGACUUUAUAUGUAUCUCUUUCGUUUCGUUAAGCUUCCUGUUCGAUUAACUGUCUCAAUGUCUGCGAAAAUGACUAUGCGAUUCUUGCGUUCACUGUGUCAUAGAUUUCUUAGUCUAUUCAAUGAGAGACGAUAGGGUGGAUCUCAGCGCGUAAACGUAAGUCUGCGACACAAUGGAUUUUGACAAUAAUCGGCGUUGAGACAGACACCUUCAGUUAUACGCAGUCUUGCUAUCUAAAGUGUACAUAUGUAUAAACGAUUGGUUAUUUACGUGAAUACUUAAUAUUCAUUUUGACUAAAUGCUAUCAUUAUGUAUUUGUAUAUAUACAAGGCAUAUAUACGGGGACAGCCUCUCAAGAUUGAAAGUACAUGUACACCUCCAACGUUUUCAGAGGAGAACGUUUUCGUUUUAGACGACGCUCCCUGUAUAUAUCAUAUUAUCGCAGAUUAUUUCAUUGAAUUUAUUGUUAAUUAUACAGUUUUGUCAGAAAUGCUCGUAUACAUGUGUUAACAACUUGUAAUGUUUAUUACUUUAGUAUUGUUAUGUCUAGCUUUAAUCAGUUGUUAAAAUACAAAUGCGAGAGAAUCGAAGGGAAAAAUACUGUUUAUAUAUAUAUACAUAUAUGUUACAUAUUGUGUAUGUCAUGCGUUACCUGUGUAUGUGUAUAUAUAUAUAUCAUAUACAGAUGUGUACGUUAAUCUCAUAUAUUUUCCUAUAAAUAUUAGAAGUAAUGCCCCAUGCGCAACCAGAUUCAUUACACUCGCAAAUCAUUCAUACGCAUCUACACAUAUUCGAUAAAGUGAUGAACCAUGGAAAAACAUUCAAGAAGAAAAAAUGGCAGGGGGCGAAUGGUACUUUUAAACAACGAUAUCUUCUUCUCCUUCUUCUUCUUUUGUAAUUUCUCAGUGGUGAUUUCGUUUGGAAAAGGAAACCUUCAGUUGAGUCGCGUAAUAAUUGACUCGCUUUCUAAAACCGGUUAUGAAGCCAUAAUCUUCGCGUAGAACUUUAAGAAUUUGUAUAUUUUAUGUAGCAUACGUAAUUCAUGUUGAUAUCGAACCGUACUAGUACAGACGGAACGAUAUGCGUCUAUUCUCUAUAUAUAAUAUAUUUCUAUGCGUUAAAGAAGCGUACUAGAUGUUACUAUCGGUUAUCCUUCGUCUCUCUUUGUGAUCAAAUCUGUAUCGAUAUCGUACGGUACACGAUAAACUCUUAGAGUACCUGCUUCUGUGUUUAGUUUCUUGUUGGUUAUUUCUUUUUUUUAUUAUUCGAGUGAAAGGACGAGAGGAAGAGUAGUGACGAGCGCGAGUGUAUCUAGAGGUGUCUAAUUUAGAUCCCUUGGUUGUGAUGUAGAAGUGGCUGGCACCACUUUUGUCCGAGCGACAAUACCUACUAAUUAUAAUUAUUUGCGUGGGAGGUUCAUGUAUCUUUCACCCCCCGUCACUUUAUCACCAAUUUCAAAACAACAUUUCACAAGAUACGAACGAUAUAUUUAACGAAAUGUCUCAUAACUGACGAUAGUUUAAAAGAUAAUAACGAUAUCGUAAGAAGUAACGACAAAAUAAUAGAAUGAAAUUUUAUGAAAGAGAUUGCAAGAAAGUUGAGCUCUCCGUCGAUUUAUCCGUCAGAUAUUGUACACGUACACUUCCGCCUACAGUAGCAUUAAAUAUGUUCUUAAGCGAUCGUGUAUCCGUCAACUCUUCAGAUUCAACUUUCUUCAAACCGGGACUCUUCUGUAGAAAUUCAAUUCUAUAUUUUCGACGUAUUUUAUUGCAUAGGAUGUCUAUGAGUUACAAAGCAAAUGUUAUCAAGCAGCGAAACACGGAAAAAAUGAAGAAAAUGAGCCUAAGAAUCGCUCCAUGUACCCGAUUGAUGUACCAUCUCAUUUUUAUUAAAUCAGAUAGAUGGUUCAAGUUAAAGUUUGUUCUUCGUAUAAUCUCUUUGUAAGAGGCUUAGAAACACAAAUGGACGAACAAUGUAUCGAAGUACAAUCAAUGCUACACAUUUAUGGCGCUAUCGAAGUCAGUUCUAAAUGUAACAAUAUUGAAUUUAGCAGUCGAACCCUUUUCCAACUUGUGCGUACGUUUUAACAGAGCUUAAUGUAACACCUAUGUAAUCUUAAAUUGUAGUGAUUUACACUCGAUACCGCUGUGUCAACGACUUUUAAAUCCUUGCAAGAAUGUGUGCGAAAAAAGGGGUAACACUGCUGAUCUCACUGAGGAGUUAUAGUAGUAGAACGUUUUAAAUGUAUCCGUUUUACGUUGUGACAAGUCUGUUUUAGGAUUACGGACCCCAGAUGGUUCGCUCAUUGCGAAGAAAGACAUCUUCUUGGAAGAUACUUUACUUUGUUAAAGGGACUCGUAAUGUUACACAAGUGUGGCUACAUGGAUCGAAGGUGUAAAAGUGAGAAUAAAGCUGAGUUUAGCAUGCGAAUGAUGCGAGGGCGGAAAUAUGUAUUUUGUAGGAUGCGAGAAUAGUCAGAGAAGAGGUGACUCUGCGUGCUUAGAGUUUGAUGCGAGUUUAAAUUAUUUCGUUAUUAAUUUAUAUUUACAUAUGCUCAUCCGCAAGUUAUGCUUUACAUAUUUCGUUUUCACGCUACUAUCCUCUUCGUGGCUAUCGCAGGACGCACUUAUCAAAAGGAAACAGUGUACGUUACACGAACAAGUGGUUACAAGCGCUGCUAGUGCGAACGAUGUAGAACUUUUUUGUGAAACCAUAGUCGUGUGUGAUAAAUGAAAACGGCAUGAGUGAAUAUUUAUUUAUUGUAUACUCGUAAUCGAGCGAAAGGUGAUGUGCUGAAAAUGGAAAGUAUUAUUGUUCAAAGUUUCUAACGUAGCACAGCAUAACAUAAAGUAUAUACUAGGAAGUAAUAUAUAUACAUAUUACAUAUAUAUACGUACAUAUGCAUAUGAAUUGUAUAUAUAAAUAUAUAUAUUUAUAUAUUUGUAUAUAUAAUAUAUAUAUUUAUAUAUACACAUAUAAAUAUAUCCCAAUAAACGACGAAAAAAUGAAAAUAAAACGUAAUUGAAUGGAGUGUUUUCAAGCUUUCCGCAAUGUUGUUAUGCUAUAUUACGUUAUAUAUAUACAUAUACACAUAUACAUACAGUAAUACAUAAUAUAUAUUUAUAUAUAUAAUGUAAUAUAUACGUAUAUAUAUAAUGUAAGUUAUACCGUUUCCGGAAAGAAAUUGUUGCGUCUCGAUGCUACUUUAUCAUAUCAUCGUUGUGAAUAGAAUAUUGUUAUACACAAAUCUAUUGUCCCGUUUCAUUCCUUCUAUUUUGAGGAGGAUAUCUCACGUGACGUUCUUAACAUACACAUACAUACCACUGCAUGUGACCCCGAGAGCCAAUAUGUGAAAGUAAAUUACAAUGUAAAAUUCGUUUAGACGUAUCAUCAAACUGAAAUCCUUGGAAUGAAUAACAUUAUUGAAAUUACCACCAAUAAAAACAAAGUUAUCUUCCAUUUUCCACUACUCGAUUCGUAUAUUUGAAUAACCAGCGGAUGAAAUGCAGGAUUUAUUAAUUCCAAAUACAGAUGUAUUAAUUUUGGAGCCUUUCA